AUGGCUGCGCAUCUACCUACCAUCAACUUCAACCCUUUAGCCCCCGUCACGCCUCCCCCCGAACAUCUCUCCUUCCGAAAACCCGCCCUUCCGCUGUCUGCUCAACUGAAACGCAAGGCUGCCGAGGCCAACCUCGACGACCAUAAUGUCCCGAUGAAGAGGGAGUCACCAUCGCCGUCAAGCUCCCAGCCUACAGCUCAGGCGAAGCCGACCUCUAUCCCGACACCAAGCACGGACCCUAGUCAGCCACCGAUGGACCCGAGAUACGUCGCCAUGGUAUCACGCAUUGCCGCCUACUACCAGCAACGGUGCCAGGCCAUUUCUAAUGCACAGCAGCAAAGGUGUCAGGCUUGGGCAAACAUGCACAGGCAAAAGUGCCAGGAAAUGAUGCAGGCUGCCAUGUUGGUCGUGGCGUGGUACAUUCGCGACCGGAUUCAGCGGAGACGCCGGAGGCAAAAGCGCCAUUUCCGGUCGGGGUUAAGAGCACAGAGCACCCGCUCCCGAGUGGCCAAGGGCGAAGGUGUCCGGCGCUGGGUCAUGAAUAUCCCCGAGGGUCUUCCGUCGCCGCACAUCCCGGCGCUAGACGACCUUGCUGACCAAGAGGAGGCUCACUUCUCCAUGGACAAGGAGCCCCCACCAGACAAGGACUCCAAGCUGUUCGAGAUGGCCGACGGAAUGAUCAGGAGCCAGUACCGCAAAAUCGAGGUGCCCAUUCUCGGCGUGCUCGGCUUUGAGGAAAGCGAGAGCGAGAGUGAGAGCGAGGCCGACGAUGACUUUGACCAGCCCUUGGAUGACGAGCUCGAGGAGGGCGAGGUGGAAGACUACGACGAUGAGGAGGACGACCUUGACCUGUAUGAAGAUGAGGAUGAGGAAGACGGCUCGGAAGUUGUUCACAAAGGCACCGGCACCGGCACUGGAAGCCGGGCCAAGGACUCGGGUCUGUCAUCUUGA